GGUGACUUGUGAAAAUGCCCAUGUACAGAAUGCAGCCGUAUUGUGGCGGCGAGAUCCAGGUGGAUUUACCCACGUGCAUGUACAGGUUACCCAAUGUGCAUCGGGCCACUGCGGAAAACCACGAGCAGGCUGCUGACCCAGCAAUUCAGGCGCUGGAAUCCAGACAAGAGGAUAUCUUAAAGAGGCUUUAUGAACUGAAAGCUGCUGUUGAUGGGCUCUCAAAGAUGAUUCAGACGCCCGAUGCUGAUCUGGAUGUUACAGAUAUUAUUCAGGCAGAUGAGCAGUCGGCUACUGGAUCUGUGGUUGCCGACCUGGACGUGGUACUUGGAAACGACUAUGGAGCUCUUAGGGACAUUGUGAUUAAUGCAAACCCUUCAUUGGCUCCCCUUUCCCUUCUGAUAUUGCACAGCCUCUUGUGUGAGCGAUACCAAGUCUUGUCUGCAGUGCACACCCAUUCAUCCAUCACCAGCAUCCCAGAGCCUCUGCUGAAAUGCUUUGGAGACCAGCUUAAAAUGAAGCCCCGGCACGAGUACCAGCUUGGAUUUACCCUGAUCUGGAAAGACGUGCCCAAACCGCAAAUGAAGUUCAGCAUUCAAAACAUGUGUCCGAUCGAAGGAGAAGGAAACAUCGGCAGAUUCCUGUUCUCACUGUUAGGAUAUACAUUUAAUGCAGUCAAUGCUACUCUGAUAGACGGUUGGGUCGACACUGCCAUUUUCCAGCUUCGAGAAGGCAGCAGUAAGGAGAAAGCAGCCGUUCUGAAAGCCAUGAAUACAGCUCUUGGCAAGUCCCCGUGGCUGGUGGGAAAUGAACUGACAGUAGCCGAUAUUGUGAGCUGGUGUGCUGUUCAGCAGUGUGGCAACUCCACUGCUGUCCCUCCCAAUGUGCAGAAGUGGAUGAAAUCCUGUGAGAACCUUGCUUCCUUUAAAAGUGUUCUCAGGUUUUUGAAAUGACAAAGUUAUCUGUGAUGCUUUUAAAGUCCGUCAUAUCACCCACCGCCCAAAACAAGGUCUAUUUGACCCAAAACCACUUAAUCUAAUCAGAUGCAGGUAGUUUUGUCUCACAUGAACAUGUUUACAGUUAUUGUUGUGCAUUCUUCUUGUAAAUGUAUAGGCACAAAGGUCGCAUUAAGUCCUGGGAAAUUUCAGCUAGUGGAGAAGCACCUGAACCUGCUGCCAUCUUCUGUUUAAUUAAAUAGGGACGUACCAAUGCUGAUGCGUUUCUAUUCCACUGAAUAGGAGGUGGCACUGUCGAUUUAGGAUGCUUCUAGUCCCAUAGCUCAGUUCCCAGUAGGGAUGCACCAAAUCCACUAUUUGGCAUUCGGCCGAAUCCUUUAUGAAAGAUUUGCCCGAAUACCGAACUAAUCCUAAUUUGCAUAUGCAAAUUAGAGGCGGGUAAGGAAAAAGUGGAGAAACAUUUUAUUUACAUCCUCUUUUUUUCUGACAAAAACUCACAAUUUCCCUUCCCGCCCCUAAUUUACAUAUGCAAAUUAGGAUUUGGUUCAGCCAGGCACAAGGAUUUGGCCGAAUCCUGCUGAAAAAGGCUGAAUCCUGUAUUCGGUGCAUCCCUAGCUACCAGACAUGCUGGGGUUUUCCUUUCUUAAAGGGAAACUAUUGUGAAAAUGACCAUUUAAUAUAAGCUUCCUUAUACUGAAAUAAGAAACUUUUUAAAUACAAAAAUUCAACAUUAUUUCUGAAUUAAGUUUAUAUUCACUAUCCCUCUCUCAGCAUCUGUUUCUCUUCAUUCUGUCUUCAUGCAGCAAUUGGGUGUCAGAUAUUCAUUGACAGUUAAAUCCAAUAUAUCUUAUAGGGGGACUUCCUUUUCUAGCAGAUGUAUUAGAGCUCACUCAAAUAACUAAUUCCAGUACAAAUAAAAUGUAACAAAAUAACUGCCUUUUGCACAAAUUCUGCAUGUAGAGAGACAUGAUAUCUGGUGAUUUAAUAGAGUGAGCUCUGAUACUUCUUCUAGGCAAAAGGAGCCCCCCUAUAAGAUAUAUUGGAUCAUUCAUCUGACACCCAACUCCUGAAUGAAGACAGAAUGAAGAGAAACAGAUGCUGAGAGAGGAAUAGUGAAGAUAAACUUGAUUAUUUCAGAAAUGCUAAAUAAUUUUUAAUUGAUUGUAUUUAGAAAGCUUCUUAUUUCAGUAUGCUGAAGCUAAUAUUAAAUUAAAAUUUUCACAAUAGUUCCCCUUUAAGCAGCUGAAAGGCUUUUUGUAAACUGCCAGUGAGGUUUAUGUACAUGAUCAAUGCUGCUGCUAGAAUUAACUGCCUCCAUGCUAGAAGAGGUAGGUUUGCAGUGUUGGCUAAGCCUGGUUGUGUGGCUGGUAUCAUUUGACUUUAAAUGUGUAGUUUGCAGUUACUUAACAGAAACUGUCAAAAAUAAAAAACCACGCACGUAUAAUAAAUAACGGAAUGCUGAUGCCAUAAGGGGAAAUCUGAGGCAGGUUAUAUGUCCACCUACAUUAAAAAUUAUUAAAUUAAAUAAUAGACAUUUAAAAUAAAGAACUUUUACAUCCGG